GGGCACAUUUCCAGUCCGCGCACCUGUUACACGCGGCGAUUUCACGUUUGUUUAUGUUCACAGGUUCACAGGUUCACAGGGGUCAUAUGAAUUAUUACCUGAGGUCUCUGCUCUUUAAAUGAUCGAUUUGUUCCUGUUUUUUUACUCAGAGUAAAUCUUACAUCUACAAUUAAACUAAACCGGAGCAAGCGAAACUUUAGGCAAAAAUGAAGGAUGUCCUCAGUGUCACAUCUGCUCCUGCCUCAAGUGGACAGAACAUCACAAUCUCCAAAAGAGAGUUGGAAAUGUUGAUAGAACAGGAGGUCGGGAGUGUGAUGAAGAAGAAGGAGAACAGUCUGGACGCACUGAUAGAAAAUAUUCAGCAACAACUGGAUCAGUGGAGGAACCAUGAGGUCUCAAUCAAAACACUGCAGACCCACAUGAUGACCGUAUCUAACAGGGCAGAAGAAGCUCUUGCAUAUAUCGCAAAGAAUCCAACACCACCUGCUGCUGAUACCAAUGGAGACCAGUCUCAUUUGGGCAGCACUGACACGGAGUCACAACACGUCUCCAGUGUCUCAAAGUUGAUGGAAAGGACAAAGAAAGAAUUUGAGCGCCUCCAUGCAGAAAAUACAGCUUUUAAAGCGGCCUUGGAAGAUGUACAACAAAGGCAGACUUCAUCUCCUAAAACAACCAUCCGUCAAUCAAAGGGGGUUAUUAAGGGAUUAGCCAAGUUUUUGCAUAAUAAAAAAGGAGACUCUCCAACUCCAGUGCCAGUGAAGAGGACUACAGACGAACUCCGCUCUCCUGAAGUGGACUCGAAUUCCAAGAGGAUCAAGUCUGAGCCGAAGGAGGUGCCGUACCCUCCCCUGCCUGUGCUCCCCUUCCCCUCCUCUUUACCUCCAGAGGCCGCUACGUACAGCAUCCCCCCCAGACUAAAGGUGGAGUUAGCCCUGAUCAAAAACCCCACCCCUCAGCUGUCUGUGGUCUGGAGCCUGGAGGAGGACGAGCCCAAUGUCCCGCCCAUGGACACCUACAGCAUAUAUCUCACCACAGAAGUAUCCAUUGGGAGUAACCAGUUCGACGGGUGGCAACAGCUCGGAGCGUACGCAGCGGCGCCGCUCCCCAUGUUCUGCCUGUACACCAAAUACAAGCCCGGGUACAAAAUCUGUGUGUCUGUGGUCGGAAAAGACAAGUUUGGACGUUACGGACCCUACAGUGAAGUCACCUGUGCCUAUAUCUGAGAAGAUCCAAAAAGUGUUUUAAUACUGUGUUUGUUUGUUUUGAGCCAAAAAGGAUAAUUUAUGUGAAUUCAUUGUAUUUUUAAAUAUAAUGAAAAUGAAAAAUAAUAUUUGAGUUUAAUCAU